AUGAAAAGGUUAAGUAGGAGAUGUGCAUGUGAGCCUUCACCACUAGGGUUCCGGUGCUGCAUCUACAGUUGCAUUAAUGCAGCCCUUGAGAUGGAAAGGUUAAGUAGGAGAUGUGCAUGUGAGCCUUUACCACUAGGGCUCCGGAGCUGCAACUACAGUUGCAUUUGUGCAGCCCUUGAGAAGGAAAGGUUAAGUAGGAGAUGUACAUGUGAGCCUUCACCACUAGAGCUCCGGAGCUGCAUCUACAGUUGCAUUAAUGCAGCCCUUGUGAAGGAAGGGUUAAGUAGGAGACGUGCAUUUGAGCCUUCACCAUUAGGGCUCCGGAGCUGCAACUACAGUUGCAUUAAUGCAUCCCUUGAGAAGGAAAGGUUAAGUAGGAGAUGUGCAUGUGAGCCUUCACCACUAGGGCUCCGGAGCUGCAUCUACAGUUGCAUUAAUGCAGCCCUUGAGAAGGAAAGAUUAAGUAGGAGAUGUGCAUGUGAGCCUUCACCACUAGGGCUCUGGAGCUGCAUCUACAGUUGCAUUAAUGCAGCACCUUGA